AUGUAUCCUGGCAACCGUGGGGUCCUCCGCUUGAAUCUCAUCGGUAACCUGAAGGAUGGUGUCGUUUUAGAGACUUUGAGACGAAUAUUCGGCGAGGUUUCGAUUUUCCGGCCGCCGGCAUUUGACAAUAGCCGGGCUCCCACCGGUGGUGCUCUCUCAGGAGAGAGGCGACAGAACCAAGUUUUCUCUCGUUUUAGAGAGAGAGAGCAUUCUGAGGGAAAUGGUGAGAAUGAGGAGAGAUUAGGCUUAUUGAGGCGAUCCAAUCGCACCGGUGAAAAACUUGACACACUUAACAUAUAUUUACAUCCCAUGUUCUCUCUUUCAACGCCAUCUUGUCUCCAUUUUCUUCCAUUUCUUCUUUUCAUGAACAAUGGAUGGGGUCUUACCCUUGAUUCUAGUUCCUUUUCUAAUCUGUUUCCCGACAAGACCAGUUCCAGUACUAAGCAGCAGCAGCAGCAGCAGUUAGACAUGUUUCAGUUCCCCGUUUGUUCUUCCACCGGGGAGAACUGCCGUGGAAUAAACUCCUCCUCUGACGAUAACCGGCGGUUCGCCGUCGAUGAGGUUGACUUUUUCUCCGAUGUCCGUGAGGAUAAGAAGAAAACCACUGCUUUAACCGUCGUUAAUAUCAAGAAGGAUAUUUUUCAUGGCGAAAGCGGUACGGGCUCCGAGUUGGAUGUUAAUGUAGGCGUUUAGUCAA